GUCGCUGCAGCCCACAGUGUCUGUCUACAUCCAGUCGUUUGUGUCUUGAGAUCAAUAUUUGCUGUAGUCUUGCUCCAAUGCGUUUCAACAGCUUCAUCGCCCUGGCGGCUGCGACCGCUCAAAGCGCUGCUGGCCUGGGAAUCAACUGUGAAGGCGACUCUCUCUGCGGAAUCUCGUACUUGGCCGGCGGCCGCCUCACCCAGUUCCAGUCCAUCUUCGACAACAUCUUUGAAAAGCGAAUCUGGGACAAUGGGGACGACAUCGGAUGCGUCGAGAUGACUCAUUUAAACUUCCAGGGCUCCUUCAAGGGAGUGUACUGCGCCUACAUCCAGAACCUCGACGGCAGCGUCGACGGCGCCACGCUCAAGAGCCUCUACACCGAGCUGAUCGAAUACGGCUGUGGCAUCUGCGGCUCUAUCCCCAUCCACUAUGCCAAGGGCGACAACGACGUCAACCACGGAGAGCUCUCUUUCAACAUGGUGGACAGCCUGCCGGAGAACUGCGAGCUCAACCAGCCUUGCAAAAUACCCAACUAAACCAGAACUGCACGAUGAUGUCGACGGAAGUGGUCGAUUAGCGAAUAGCGAUUGCGACUCGAUCUCGAUAUACGCCAAUUCAGAUAUACGUCAAUUUAUCUUCGUUUUGCGCAGCAGAAUGUGUGGAUUCGAUUCAUGUGUUGGGAGGACGCCAUGAUACCAAGCCCUCCAUCGUAUCGCAGACCGCUUGAUGUAUUUUGUUAGAUGGAAGGGAAAAACAGGCGUUUGGCGCAACAGAUUCGACAAGUCCAAUUUGUAAUCUAGCGAUUCGUUUCUUUAUACAAAUUUUUGUUUUAUUCAUGUAUCCUGUUGAGCUGGAGCUUAGAAAGAACUUAUCAAGCAUUUUAAUUCUC